CAUUGCAAACUAGCCAGCCCCCAAUUUGCACUUUCAUUUUCCACUUGCACGCUCGCUUGAAUAUAGGGAAAAUGGCGAAAAAAAGAGCCAGAGAAGAUGAUGAAAACGAAGAAGACAAGGAAGAAGAAGCCGAAGAAAUGAAGGAAAAAGAAGACGAAGAAGAAUUCGAAGAAAAGGAAGAAGAAGAAGAUGAAGAGGAAGAAGAAGAAGAUGAAGAGGAAGAAGAAGACGAAGACGAAGAAGAAACUCAGAAUGAAGCAGCUGAAGAGUACGAACAGUACAGAGCUAGGAGAAUAAAAGAAAAUAUGGAGCGAAUGAAGAAUCUGGGCCUUGCUGAACUGUCCAAGAAGCUCAAACCUGAAAAUUCUCGUGCAAAAGGGUCUGUUAGGGCUCCUCCUCACAAGAAGAGACCCUCUUCCGAAGACCCACCUCGACGCUCCUCCAGGUUGACGACUCUGGCUCCUGUAAAUUAUUCUGAAGGAAGAGAAUAUAUGAUAGGAGAGAAGUCUCCAAAGAAUGUGGAGAUUUCUAUACCAGAGGGUGAAAAGCCAGAAGUUUACACAAAAGAGCAUGUAGAGGUGCUAGGCGAUUACAAGAAUAGUUGGACUUUGUUAGAGGAUGGGUAUGAUGAAGAGGGAAUGCGCAUAUAUGAUCCAUAUUAUGGGAAGAGUUGCCAUCAAUGCAGGCAGAAAACAAUCUGUAAGCACACCGAAUGCAGCAAGUGCAACUUAGUCCAAGGGCAAUUUUGUGGAGAUUGCCUUUACAUGAGGUAUGGGGAAAAUGUGAUCGAAGCAAAGGAAAAUCCAAACUGGACUUGCCCUGUCUGCCGUGAUAUAUGCAACUGUAGUCGCUGCAGACGUCGAAAAGGAUGGGCUCCCACUGGUGCAAUUUAUAACAAGGUCUUGGAAAUUGGUUACAAAUCCGUGGCACAUUAUCUUAUUUUAACCCAUUUGCAAAAAGAGAAUGGAGACGAAAGCUCCGUUGAUUUAACUACUGGUUCUGAUGAACCACAAGGAGGUAAUAAUGGAACAACUGAAAAAUACAGUCAAGCAGAGGCAGAAGAAGAACAAGAACCAGGGAGUCAUGACUGUGAAGAUGGCGAUGCUAGUAGUCAUGAGAACAAUCCUGAGUGAUCUGAAGGGAAUGAUGAUUAUUGAAGCAUUUUGUGAACAACAAAUAUAGGCUAAUGUUAGCAAGAUUUUGCAAACACCACAAGCAAUGUUUGGUCCUGAAAAUGUUCAGCUCACAAAAGUAUCAUUUUCUUCACAUUCAUGUUCUUGCAUCGACGUGUAGCUAUUACCUAAUAUGCAUUAUACAAUCUGUUUUGGUUAUUGAAGGUGGAAGAUCUUUCAAUUUGUAUGUGUAUGCUAGCUUGUAAACCACACAGGAGAGCCUGGAGAG